AUGCCGCAAAUGACUGUAAUCGAACAUUGUUAUGAAUUCUUAGAUAAAUAUAUCCCCCAAUGGUUUGCCACGGGGACCAGAGAUCCAUUAUUUAUUUUUUUCUCAGGUCCACAAGGCUCAGGUAAAAGUUAUACCAGUAAGAUAAUUUAUGAACAUUUACUGAAGAAAUACAGCGGAGAAGGAGAGGGGAACGUGGGAAAGAAGACGAUUGCGUACGUAUCCAUUGAUGAUUUUUAUCUGACUCACAGGGACCAACUUGCGUUAAAUGAACAAUAUCCUAGGAAUAAAUUAUUACAAGGUAGAGGAAUGCCUGGAACUCAUGAUAUGAGCCUUUUGAAUGAUUGCCUUAAUGCGAUUCAACAAAGACGUGGUAAUAAUAAAGAUCAAGACAAAUUGAUUUUACCUCAGUAUGAUAAGUCUAAAUAUAAUGGUGAAGGUGAUAGAUCUGAGAAUAAUCUUGUAAUGGAUGCUCCUGUUGAUAUUUUCAUCCUUGAAGGUUGGUUUAUUGGGUUUGAACCUAUUAUGAAAACAUUUGAAGAGAAUGACUUGUUAAAGGGUGAUAUGGCUGAUGUAAAUGCCAAAUUGUUUAUGUACAGUGAUUUAAUGUGGAAUAACCCAGAAAUAAAUUCCUUGGCCAUUGUGUUUGCAGCAGAUAAUAUUGAUAAUAUAUAUGAGUGGAGGAAACAACAGGAGCAUGCAUCCAUUGCCAAAAAUGGAUCUGGGAUGACAGAUGAACAAGUGAAGGCAUUUAUUGAUAGAUACUAUCCGAGUUAUCAACUGUAUUUUGAGAAUCUUGUGCGUGGUGAAAAAUUAGGUUCUGUGGCUACUCUUACACUUGGAUUGGAUAUAAAUCGAAGAGUAUAUUCAUCGAAAGUGAGAUGUAUUGAAUAA